AUGGAGCAUGACCUACUGAUAGUGGUGGAUGCUACGGCAUCUAUGGGCCAAUACCUGACGGCACUCAACACUUCUAUUCCUCAGAUCAUCUCCAUCUCGGCUCUUACCGGAUGCUUUUCUCGCAUAGGACUGCUUGCAUACCGAGACUACUGCGAUACCCAGCUGCUGGAAUGGUCGGGCUGGCUGGAAGAGUCUAAAGGAGCUGGCGCAAAUGAUACCGAUAUCCUCGCUCUAGCAAAGUCACUGGAAGCAGUUGGCGGUGGAGAUUCUCCUGAAGCUGCAAAGACUGUGCUUGCGAGGGCCUAUGAGCUGAUGCGUGCAGAUGCAAAGACGACUCUUUUGUUCUAUACCGAUGCCUAUCCCCAUUUUGGAGCUGUGGAAGCGCCUGUGAGACGCGGCGGCCACUUUUAUGCCCCCAACGGAGUACUUGAGAAAAAUGCACUGUCAGACUCUUCAUCGUACGGCGGGUACGGCCCUCAUUUCGUGGACUGGGUUACAGCAUGCAAGUUUAUGCGCAGGGGAGAGAAACCUGUGCAGGUGUUUUGCUUGCUGUCACCUUCAAUGAGCUGGAACGAUUGCGGACACUACAAUUAUUUAUCGACCAUGACCCGUGGCGCCUGUAUGAUUCUCGAAAAUUCGAUGCCGGGAACCAUCUCCAAGGUGACCAUCGAUCUAUUGCUGUCAUGGAUGGGCGUUGAGCCGGCCAACAGGGCGAUCACCAUAGAUGCGACAGAGAAAGACAACAGCGAUGAGGCUGCCAAAAAAGAUGCGCUGGCAACUCUGGGCCGCUACAAGUGCGUUGAUUAUAUCAAGAAACUCGAUCAUGAACUCGACCCUAGGGCGGAAAUGUAUUUCCCCAUCGCCUCGAAUAGCUAUGGCUCUCACAAGAAUAAUAGUAUCGAAGAGAAUGUUGCAAGAGUACCAAUGACCCCUGACAUUGCCCGAAAAUAUCUCCCAAAGAAGGAUGUGCCGGUCACCAACUUUGCCACGGCUUGGACUACGGAUCCAGCAUAUCGGUCUUUAGCACUCAAACACAUAAACAAGAUCAUAAAGUUCGAUGUUAGGGCGAUAGCUGUCAACCCGGUUUUCGGAAGCCUAUGGAGGACAAUUUGCAGUGAUCGAACCUGUGACUCACGACAGGAGCUUCUGGAUGCCUUUAGCGCAGAGGUCGGAAGGCUUGCGAGUGUAGAAGAUAGUGAACAGUUAAAGAUAUGGUUGGAAGUCUCGUAUGACUAUACGGCAGAGGUCCUCGAGCUCCUCGAAAGUGUUCCCAAAGAGGAAAAGUUCCCCUGUGUAUACCUCGAUCCAACCCUUGACUUUACUCCGACCGGUGCAGAGGCAGAAGAUGAGUUUGGAAAGCCCAUCACUGCCCUUACUAGAGUAAAUUUGCUAGAAAUUGGCCGAUCAUGCGACCCUUCUGUUCUCCGGCGACUUGGACGGAUCCUCACUCAGUUGACGUACGUUGAAAGAGAGGCAGAUUUACCCGAACACAUUGCAGCUUCAAGCAAUGAAAACGUCCCAAAGAUCCCUAUGGUAUUAGCUCGAGGAGAAUAUAAACGUCAAUUCUGGAGAAUACUCCUGCAUCUCAUUGUCCCCGGGACGAUGCUGUCAGCUCGUCCUGCAGCUCUCCUGGCAGCACUGAGUCUGCGAUUGGGUAUUACUCCCCUCACUGACGUAGCAGAGCGGGAAGCACUCAGUUUCCGAAAUAAGUGGAACGACCUCGAUGUACCCGAGACUUGGUCAGUUCCAUGUUUAAAUCUGCUAAUUAGCGCAGAUAACGCGUAUACAAAACGACGAGCUGGCCUUGAGGAAGAACCCGAAAGCCCUGGCCAGUCCAAGAAGAAACCAGCCACACUGUUGAAGCCAAAUGAUAGAAAGCUUUUUGAGCAGCUUAUUGGUUAUAGAAUGCUGGAAGUGAACCUCGACAGUGCAUUGGCUGCAAAGGUGGGUUGGACUCCUGGGAAGACCACAGCACCACUGGGACCUACCGUCACCUGUCGAGAAUGUUUAUACCCACGUUCAGUCAGCAUUAUGGACCGCAACAGCAAAUGCGGUCUAUGCACAUAUGCCAGUCAGGAUACGGCAUAUAAGAAAGCUUUGCAUAUUAAUGUUUCCAUGGACGACGGCCCUGAAUCACUGGCAACCUGGGUGGAAUGCUGUAUACUGACAUGCAGAGCACAGUAUGUGGUAUAUGAUGUUGCCUCGUUGAGUGUUCGAGCAAAGUGUCAUUACUGUCGAGCGCAAAGUGCAACCCCACCUAAGCUACGACAGUCGCGUCCAGAUGCCCCUUGGAUUGAGUGUAUCAAGUGUAUGAACCGCUUCAUUUGGCCUGUGGAAUACCGGCCAUCUUCACUUCGUACUUCGGAGUUCACUUGCGCACACUGCAACGCUGGACGGGAAACGGUAGUUGAAAUCCAAACGACUGCAAAGAAGAUCUCAACUGAGAACUCAUACUCGUGGUUGAUUUGCGAUAACCAGAACCCAGAAACCUGCCCCUUCACAGGUCGCUCACUGUUCAACACCGUUUCCACGUACGGAACAGAAAAUUUCGUAUCACGAAUGACGCUGUUCCCAACGACCAAGGGCGUGUUAACUUUGAAGGGAAAGAAGAUACAAAACACUCCCGAGCUUAUUUCCACUCUGCAGGAUCUUAUUUCACGUCUGAAGACGAUUAAAGAGCAUUGCUCAUUGUGUUUUUCAGUUUUCCGUCCUGACAUGCUAAACCCAGCAUGUGGCCGUCGAGGGUGCCUCCAACGUGUAUGCCGCGACUGUUUAUCCGGUUGGUACGGACUCAACUCAGCAGGUCGCAUCUUGAACAUCGGCGCUCUCUCCUGCCCAUUCUGCAGACGACUCCCUUCUGCAAAAACCCUAGCGAACUAUGCCAUGGGCGUACAAGCGAUAGCAAACCUUUCCAAGGCAGUUGAAGAGAAAGGAACAUGGAUAUACGCAUGGUGCAUUGCUUGUUCCUCGGCCAAACAGUUCAUGGAGCGAGAAUGUGCUCGCGGGGCACCUCCCGAAGUAUCCAACUGGAACUGUCCGGAAUGCGUUCAAUGGGAGGAAGAGCUUGAGCUGGAGCGCAUAGCUGCAGAGAACGCGGCUGAGGUGGCUGCUACCCUACGCGAGGAAAUCAUGGCGAAAAGAAUGAGCAAGGUCAAACCAUGCCCUAAAUGCGGUGUCAUGACGGAAAAGAUCGCUGGGUGUGCACAUAUAACAUGUCCAGUCCGUCAUUGUAAGGCUGAAUGGUGCUAUUUUUGUGGGAAGCAUGCCCGAAACACGGACAUUUACGAGCAUCUCAACAAUGUGCAUGGUGGGAUUUUCGAUCCCGAAGAUGAGGAGCUCGUCUUUACUGAUGAGGAAUAG